AUCAAGCAGCAUCAACGUUUUGCAUUCCACAAUUUAAAAUAAAUAAUAAUAAUGCCUUUUUUUUUCUAAUCAUAAAUUAGAUGACAAGUAAUUAGUAAUGGAUGUUUUUGAAUUUCAAAAAAGUCUUCCAACACGUUUUGCGGAAUAUAUGAUAGUUUUAUCAUGGAGUGAAAAGUUAGUGCCUGCUUCACAAGUUCGAGAUGAAUGGUCAUAUUUUCUUCAACUUCAAAUAGAGCCUGGUGGUUGGCAAGCUAUAUGGAAAGUUCCAAGAGUUAUUUGUGAAAGUUUAAAAAUUCCUUACCCAACCUUUGUUAUGGGUACAGUAGAUCAUGUUAUUUUUGAAGAACUUAAGGCUGUUUUCAGUAUUGAAGCGGUUGAAGAGGACAGUGUUCAUAUACCUGAAACACAAGAAGUUAAAUUGGAAGAUUUAUAUGUAACAAUACAGCAAGAAAACACAGCCUUAAAUACAGAAAAAACUGCUGAAAUUAUUGAUAAUCUAAGAUUUUUCUAUAAAAAUAUAUGGAUGCCGUGGGAUCAUGAUGAUGACGAUGACCUUGAUUGGGUAAAAAAACAUUUGGAAUCUCGCUUACAAUUCUAUUAUGACUUGCAAAAAAAAAUCAUUAAGUGUUCAGUAGCUAACCAUAUCAAAAGCUUGCUAUGUGAAGCUAAAUAUUUGCAGGAAAAAAGACAGUGUUUGGAAAUGAAUAUAAGUGACGACGAUGAACUGGAAGAAAGUGUGCCAAAGGAAAAUGUAACGGAUUUGUUACAGUUGCAUUUGAGAUUGAAAUUAAUAAAAAACGAAAUGGACAUAUUGGAAAAUCCUCAUAUGAGAAAAGUAUAUGAAGAAAUAGAAUUAAAGGAACGUGGCGUAAAUAAUGAUAUUCGUGAAAAUUCCUUUAGUUUAAUGGUCAUUAAGCCAUGUACACUUGAGAACUUAAAAUCAUUUUUGGAAACUUCAAAAACUUGUAUUGAGAAUAAGUCCUUAAUCCGAAUUUGCCCUAACUUACAGGAAGCAUUACAAAUUUCACAAACGAAUGAUCAGAUAUUAUUAGAUGUCGGAAAUCAUAGUGUUACAAAAUUUAUUACAAAUUUGCCAGAUAAAGGAAUGUUAAGUGGAAUAUUUGAAACAGAGAAAACGAUAAUAAAUUCUUUGGAAAAUGAAAGAAUUUUAUUUUUGAUUGAUGGUGACUUUACUUUGAAAAAUUUAACUUUAUAUUGUGGGAAGGUCCGAACGGCUAUUGUUAUAAAAAACGGAAAUGUUAAUAUAAUUGAUUGUCAUAUAAUUGGAGAUGAAAACUCAAGUACCAAACAGGGUAUAUGUGUAUCUGGUAAUUCAAGUUUGAUUGUUAAAAGAUGUUUCAUAGAAAAUUUUGCAAUUGGCAUUAGAAUAACUGAAGAUGCUUCUGUCAAUUUACACAACACGAUUAUAAAUGGUUGUGGUAAAGCAAUAGAGAUUGUUCACAAAAAUAAACUUAUAUGUGAAAAUCUUAAAAUUUCAAAUUCUAAGAUAGCAGGCAUUGUAUGUGGAACUCAGAAUACAAGUAUAAAAGAAAAGCAUGUAAUUAUUACAGAUUUCAAUAAAACAUUGAACUCUAAUAUUCUUUGGAAUGAUGAAUGCACUUUCGAAAACAAUGCCUCCAAUAUAGUAAUCUAUAGCGAUGAAUUUAAAAAUAAGCAAUAUAUUGAAGAUAUUUCAACAAAUGGAAUCCAUACUCCUAGCAUGGAUAAAUUUUAACGAACAUUCAUUCAAGAUAAAAAUAUUAUUUAUUUUAUUUUUUGAAAUUUUUAGAAAUAUGCUUAUUUACACAGAUAUGUUUAUAUUUACA